CGGACACGACAGGAAAAAGGAGAUUAGCCACCCCACCUCUCUCGCCCCCCAAAUCCCCCUCCUCCUCCGCCACCGCCAUGGCUCGCCUCCUCCUCCCCCUCCCCAUCGCCGCCGCCGCCGCCUCCCGCCUCCGCCUCCCCGUCCUCUCCUCCUCCGUGGCGCGGCGUGAGGCGCUGCUCUUCGGGGGGAGGGUGGCGGCGGCGAGGGCGCCGGUGAGGCUGGCGAGGAGAGGGGUGAGCGCCGGGGCGGAGGCGGGCGGGUCGUCGUCGGCCGCCGCGGCAGCGCAGGUGAUCGGGCAGGACGAGGCGGUGGAGUGGGUCAAGAAGGACCGGAGGCGCAUGCUCCAUGUCGUCUACCGCGUCGGCGACCUCGACAAGACGAUCAAGUUUUACACCGAGUGCUUGGGGAUGAAGCUGUUGCGCAAGCGCGACAUUCCGGAGGAGAGGUAUACCAAUGCUUUUCUCGGGUACGGGCCUGAGGACUCGCAUUUUGUUGUGGAGCUCACUUACAAUUAUGGUGUGGAAAGUUAUGAUAUCGGGACUGCUUUCGGUCACUUCGGGAUUGCUGUCGAGGACGUUGCAAAAACAGUAGAUCUCAUUAAAGCCAAGGGAGGAACGGUAACAAGAGAACCAGGACCUGUAAAAGGUGGAAAGUCUGUAAUUGCUUUUAUUGAAGAUCCUGAUGGUUACAAAUUUGAGCUUAUAGAAAGAGGUCCUACACCUGAGCCUUUAUGCCAGGUAAUGCUUCGAGUGGGAGAUCUUGAUCAUGCUAUCAAUUUCUAUGAGAAGGCAUUUGGCAUGGAACUUCUCCGGAAACGAGACAAUCCCCAAUACAAGUAUACUAUUGCAAUGAUGGGAUAUGGUCCUGAAGACAAAAAUGCUGUACUGGAGUUGACCUACAACUAUGGUGUCAAGGAAUAUGAUAAAGGAAAUGCUUAUGCACAGAUUGCUAUUAGCACAGAUGAUGUCUACAAGACUGCGGAAGUCAUUAGACAAAAUGGUGGACAAAUAACUCGUGAACCUGGCCCAUUACCUGGAAUUAAUACGAAGAUAACUGCUUGCACAGAUCCAGAUGGCUGGAAAACAGUAUUUGUUGAUAAUGUAGAUUUUCUCAAGGAGUUGGAAGAAUGAGUUUUUGCCAAUGAUCUCAUCUUGGUACAGGAUUCAGAGGUUUUUCCCCUUGAUUUGACAUCUUGCGCCCUUGAAAUCUUGUAAAAGCCACACCACCUCGAACUGAGGUUUGUAGAUAGGCCAUGCAAAUCUACCAUUCCACAGUUGGUAGUUUAAUAGAGCAUUAGAUUACAACAUUCCAAGCGAUGUAGAUGCGCAAUCCAUUUUGUUAGCGAAGUCAAAUCAUAUGUACAAAUUUUGUUUUCCGGGUCAGAACUAUUGUUCUUAAUCAAUCCAUUUUACAUUCGAAAGUUAGCAUU